AUGACAGGAAAAGUUAUAGAUAGGGACGAGGUGGACGUACCGUCACCUUCGCCUCAGCCGGUGGUACUGAUUCCACAGGAUACGUCUACCUCCACAAACGUGGGCCAAAACAGACAAAAGUACUUUGUAACCUCCGACAAGCCCAGGCUUGAUGCUGAGGAUACAGCAAAAAGAUUCAAAUACUUAUUGGGAUUGACAGACUUAUUCAAGCACUUCAUCAAUGCCAAAGCGGAGAAGGACGCAGGCAUCCGGAAAAUCUUGAAUAAAGUUGAACUGGAAAGAACUGGUGAACAGGUUCCCAAUCACAGAGGCAGAAAGACCGAAAAGGAGGAGGAUGCUGAGUUGUUGAACGAUGAAAUUGAAACUCCAGCCAUAACCGAGUUUACCGAAAGUCCUGCUUAUGUUCAUGGAACCCUUAGACCUUAUCAGAUCCAAGGGUUGAACUGGCUUGUAUCUUUAUACGAGAACAACUUAUCGGGAAUAUUGGCAGAUGAGAUGGGGUUGGGUAAAACCCUCCAAACUAUCUCAUUUUUGGGAUACUUGAGGUAUUUCAAAGGCAUAAAUGGCCCCCAUAUUAUCAUCACCCCCAAAUCCACCUUGGAUAACUGGGCCAGGGAAUUUGCCAGAUGGACUCCUGAUGUAAGAGUUUUGGUACUACAAGGUGAUAAAGACCAAAGAAACCAAUUGAUCAAUCAGAGGUUGAUGACCUGCGAUUUCGAUGUAGUCAUUUCUUCGUAUGAAAUUGUUAUCAGAGAAAAGUCGGCUUUGAAGAGGUUCAAAUGGGAAUAUAUCAUCAUUGAUGAGGCCCAUAGAAUCAAGAACGAAGAGUCAUUGUUGUCCCAGAUUAUAAGAAUGUUCCAUUCUAAUAAUAGGUUGUUGAUAACCGGAACCCCUUUGCAGAACAACUUGCACGAGUUGUGGGCGUUAUUGAACUUUAUAUUGCCUGAUGUGUUCGGAGACUCCGAAGCGUUUGAUCUGUGGUUUCAGGAUAAUGAGGGACAGGAUGAAAAUUCGGUUGUACAACAAUUGCACAAAGUCUUGAAGCCGUUCUUAUUACGGAGAAUCAAAAGUGAAGUGGAAAAGUCUUUAUUGCCAAAGGAAGAAUUGAAUGUCUAUGUCAAAAUGACCGACAUGCAGAAGAAGUGGUAUCAAAAGAUUUUGGAAAAAGAUAUCGAUGCUGUCAAUGGAGCCAGUGGUAAAAAAGAAAGCAAGACUAGAUUACUCAACAUUGUUAUGCAAUUAAGAAAGUGCUGUAACCAUCCUUAUCUUUUUGAAGGGGCUGAACCUGGUCCCCCAUAUACCACCGAUGAACACUUGGUGUUCAACGCUCAAAAGAUGAUAAUCUUGGACAAAUUAUUAAAGAAGUUCAAACAAGAGGGUUCAAGGGUCUUGAUAUUCUCUCAAAUGAGUAGAAUGUUGGAUAUUUUAGAAGAUUAUUUGCUCUUCAGAGAAUAUGAAUACUGCAGAAUCGAUGGACAAACCGACCAUGCUGAUAGAGUAAAUUCCAUCGAUGAUUACAAUAAACCGGGAUCUUCCAAAUUCGCCUUUUUGUUGACCACAAGAGCUGGUGGAUUGGGCAUUAACUUAACAACGGCAGAUAUUGUAAUAUUAUUUGAUUCCGACUGGAAUCCUCAAGCCGAUUUGCAGGCUAUGGACAGAGCUCAUAGAAUUGGCCAAACCAAGCAGGUUAAAGUGUUCCGGUUCAUUACCGAACACGCCAUUGAAGAAAAGGUGAUUGAAAGAGCCGCUCAAAAGUUGAGGUUGGAUCAAUUGGUUAUUCAGCAGGGAAGGCAUGCCCCCAAUAUCAGUAACCAGAGUAACAAGGCGGCUUCGAAGGAUGAAUUAUUGAAUAUGAUUCAACAUGGUGCCGCUGAGAUGUUUAAAAGCGACUCUACUUCCAAAGCCGGAACAGUAGAGCCAGAAGAUGAUGAUAUUGAUGCCAUUUUGGCCAAAUCGGAAGCCAAAACGUCUGAAUUGAAUCAGAAAUAUGAAAAGUUGAACAUAAAUGCCUUGCAAAACUUCACUAAUGACGAAUCAGUAUAUGAAUGGAACGGGGAAAACUUUAAGAAAAAGGAACCCACAGCCAUCACCAACAUUGGACAUGCUUGGAUAAACCCCGGUAAAAGAGAAAGAAAGGAAAACUACUCCAUUGACAUGUACUAUAAAGAUGUGUUGAAUACUGGAGGAAGUAGAUCAACUAUCAAGUCGGGACCAAAACCUCCAAAGCAACAUAACAUCUAUGAUCAUCAGUUCUUUCCGGCUAAGUUGCUUGAGCUCCUUGAAUUGGAAAAGAACUAUUAUAAAAAGCAGAUAAAAUACCAGGUUCCUCUUAAGAGUGGACCACCCAAUACCUUGGAUGAACGACAAUUGGAACAAAAACUUGAGCAAGAAGAAAUAGAAAAAUCGAGGCCUUUGACCGAAGAAGAGAAACAAUUGAAGGAUGAGCUCCUUACCCAAGGAUUUGGUAAUUGGAACAGACGUGAUUUCCAGCAUUUCAUAACCUUGAAUAUCAAAUAUGGUAGAAACUCGAUUCAGUUGAUCACCAACGAGUUCGAGGAUAAAACCAUCGAUGAGGUCAGAGACUAUGCGAAGAGUUUUUGGAAAAAAUAUGAAGAAAUCGACGGGUAUGAACGUUAUAUCAAUCAGAUCGAAACUGGUGAAGAGAAAAUCAUCAAAAUCAAGUUACAGAAAGAAGCAUUAAGGAGAAAACUCAGUCAAUUCAAAUAUCCUUUACAAGAACUCACAUUGAAGUUCCCACCUGCGUCUUCCAACCGAAAGGUUUGGUCAGAGGACGAAGACCGGUUCCUAUUGGUACAGCUCUACAGGUUUGGAAUCGAUAGACCUGAUAUCUAUGAAAGAAUAAAAGAAGCUAUACGCGACUCGAUUUUGUUCAAGUUUGACUUUUUCUUCCAAUCUAGAAAUACCACCGAGAUAUCCAGAAGGUGUCAAACCUUGUUGGGUUGUGUUUUGAGAGAAAUGAACCCACCGGUUACGGGAUCCAAAAGAAAGUCUGAAACUCCCGACGUAGGUGAAAAGACCAAAAAACCUAAAAAGUAA